ACAAUGCAGUGGUCCUGAAUUUCACUUUCACUGUGAUUCUAGGGCACCAGGUCCUCCUCCUCCUCCUCUUCUUCUUAUACUCAAAUCAUCAAUGGCGAGCCAUCUCUUCACCUACGGCGCCGCCCAAUCAGCUCCAGCUCCCACUCCUGCUCUCUCCACCGUCUACACCCCUCGCUCCCUAGCCCAAUCCUACCUCUCCGACCCGGCCCACCGCUACCUUUCCGGGUCGGACCCUCUCUCCACUUCCUCCAUGUACCUCGCCGGCACCGAUGGCCUCGGCGCUUACUCCGACGCUGCCAGAGCGACGUCGUAUAUGAUGUCAUCGUGGCCCGCCCCGGAUGCCGAACCCGGGCCGCCGGGCUUCAAACGCACCUCUGAAGCACUCUACCAUCAGGCUCUUUUGGGUGCCCAUAAUCCGAUUGGGCAAAUGGAAGCUUGGUAUUCGACAAAUCCUUUAGCAAAGCGACCUAGAUUCGAGAAUACAAGCUUGCCUAUUUAUCCACAGAGGCCAGGAGAGAAAGAUUGUGUCCACUAUAUGCAAACAAGAACCUGUAAAUUUGGAGAGGGCUGCAAGUUUGACCAUCCUAUUUGGGUUCCUGAUGGUGGAAUCCCAGAUUGGAAAGAGGUUCCACUUGUUGCUCCAAGUGAGUCCCUUCCCGAGAGACCUGGAGUGCCCGAUUGUCCAUACUUUUUAAAAACUCAAAGAUGCAAGUUUGGUCUUAGAUGCAAGUUUAAUCAUCCAAAGGACAAUCUGGCCACUGCGGGCGCUUCAGAAAAUGGUGAUGUUUAUGCCUUACCCGAGAGGCCUUCUGAACCCGCAUGUGCAGUGAGAUAUCUAUCUCCUACUUUUUUCUACUUGAAAACUGGGCAAUGCAAGUAUGGUGCAACCUGCAAAUUUAAUCACCCAAAAGACAUCCAGAUACCAUCAGCCACUCAAGAGAAUAAAUCUGGCGAAACUGAGACAGAUCUUAAGACGGAGGGCAGUGAAGUUGCUGUGAAGCCUCUUGUUUCAUUCACUCCAGCACUAUUGUAUAACUCCAAAGAGCUUCCUGUAAGACCGGGUGAAGCUGAUUGUCCGUUCUACCUGAAAACUGGAAGCUGCAAGUAUGGGGCCACUUGCCGGUACAAUCACCCUGAUAGAUAUGAUAUCAAUCCACCUGUUGCUGCAAUCAGCUAUCCUCUUUCAGCGCCUGCAGUUGCAGGUUUUAACAUAGGAGUUGCUAGUCCAGCUGCCUUCACUUAUCAAACUUUGGCACAACCAACGGUGGGAGCGAGCCCUACUGUUUAUCCUCAGCGCUUUGGACAGGCUGAGUGUGAAUAUUAUAUGAAGAUUGGGGAAUGUAAGUAUGGUGCACAAUGCAGAUUCCAUCACCCGAUUGAUAGGUCAGCAGUGGCGUUGUCAACAACAAAGCCAUCUCAACAAGAAAAUGUGAAGCUAACGCUUGCUGGACUACCUAGGAGGGAGGGUGCCGUUAUCUGUGUGUAUUACCUUAAAACCGGCACAUGCAAGUAUGGUGUAACCUGCAGAUUUGACCACCCAUCUCCUGUUUAUGUUGUAGCAAUGGCAGCUUCACAAGCAAAAUCUGAUUCUACUGGAGGGAAAGCAUAAGCAGCUGAAUCCACACAGGAACAGCAGCAGUAGGUCCCUAGCUAGAAUGAAGAAGUGAUGAGGCCACGAAGGAGGUCUAUGGCAAAAGUAUUGCCAUCUGCCAUCAUGGUUUAUAAAUUCCCCAAUCAGCCAUUCUUUAUGCUCUGCGUAUAAGGUGCAAGUGUUGACCGAUUCGAUAACAUGAGGUAUUUCGUUCUCCUGUAUUGAGUCUCCGCAUGUGCUUUGUGAGUGUCAGACUGAUGAGUCCCAUGCUAUGGUUUUAUGAAAGUUUGCUCACUGUCCUCUGCUUCUUCCUUCUAUGACGAUAUUCACCCUUAAAAAAGCUUCUUUUUCUUUUUUCUUUUUCUGUUGAUGGCAUAAUCACCCUUAUCCUGGCUUAGAUUUAUGGCUUGUUUCAGUGCUAUUCUAGUGAAAAGAACAAAUUUUAACCAAAAUAAAAGGAAAAAACAAGUUUCUCGUUGGGAGAGUUUUCAAAGUUUAUUGCACUUUUUACUGGAG